CAGAGGCGCACACGACUCCCUUUUAGGGAGAUUUAUCGCUCGACGUUUCAAACAGUCGCGCAGAUUUCCAACCAUUCGCAAAUCCCAGUUUCUUUAGUUAAGAUCAAGAGUGAUAUAUCGGUACAGAGGUCCAAAAAAAUCGUGAAUAUUAAUCGUUUUCGACGUUAAUAGUGCAUCUGGAGGCGCCGUCUCCCCCCGCGGUGAAGCGUUUUGGUUCGGUCCGGCGCUGUGCUGUAUGCGCGGGAGGAGAGAAGCGUGUUUAAGCUGCUAAAGAAGAGCAUUAAAACUCCGACCCUCAGGUCACAGGUAGCGAGUUAGCAUCGAGGUCUGCGAAAUAAAGCCAGCUGACCCGACCCGGUUCGGCGGACCUCCAUGCAGCGAACUCACGAUGAAGUUGAUCUCACGGUUUGCACGCUGAACUGCCCCAGGAGCUUCCUUACAUCCACGUUGGUUAAAUAUGGCACGAGAUUACAAACCUGGAGAUCUCAUCUUCGCCAAGAUGAAGGGCUAUCCUCACUGGCCAGCGAGGAUCGAUGAAGUGCCAGAUGGUGCUGUGAAGCCGUCCAAUAUUAAGUUCCCCAUCUUCUUCUUUGGAACCCAUGAGACAGCCUUUUUGGGUCCCAAAGACAUCUUCCCUUAUUUGCCAAACAAAGAGAAAUAUGGGAAACCCAAUAAAAGAAAAGGCUUCAAUGAAGGGCUGUGGGAGAUUGAAAACAACCCUAAAGUGGAACUUGAUGGCCAGAAGGUGAUGGCAGUGGAAGCGGUUUCUGAUAAAGAUUCGGACAGCAGCCCUGAGGGGGAUGUCGAGGGAAAUGAAAAGACUCAGGAGAAGAGGAAAAAGUCCACUAAAGUGGCUGGAAGUGAGGCAGGGGAGGAGGAGGAGGAGGAGGAGGAGGAGGAGGAGGAGGAGGAAAGUGAUGGCAUGGAGGUGUCUGAACAGGGCCCUCUUGUGGAGGAAGACUCUCCGCAGAAAGACCCGACAGAUGGUGCCAAAGCUAAAAGAGGAAGGAAGAAAAAGAGUGAAGCUGAUCAGGACUCGGAGAAAGAGGAUGGCUUGGCUAGUUCCACCUCCAGCCCUAUCGGUGGGGAAGCACCAGUUCCAAAACGGAGAGGCCGGAAGUCCAAAGCAGAAAAAAUGCUUUUGCAGCAGCAGUCUUCACACGGGUCAGCUAAUGACAUAGAUGCCACUGCAGAUGUAGACCGGAAACGCAAAAGAGCCCCUGAGGACAAGAGCAAGUCUUCUGAAGAGGAGGACGAGAGGAGAGCAGAUGGGAAGAAAAGAAAGGACGAGAGUAAAAGUGGAAAGAAAGAAACCGAGGCUAAGAGGAGAAAAAUUGCCAAGGAGGAGGGCUCGUCUGACUCUGAGGAUGAAGCGAAGCGAAGUGGACAGAGCAAGAAACGGAUCCUGAAGCAAGCGGACACGGAGAAGGAAGAGCGGCGCCGCAAACCAGACGAGCUGAAAGAAUUAGGAAAAGAGGAUGCGAAGAAAGAUGAAAGGAAAGCAGAGAAAAGAAAGGAAGUGUCAACUGAGUCCAGGCUGCAGAGAUUACACGGGGAGAUUAAGAUUUCACUGAAGAUCGAUAACCCAGACGUAAAGAAGUGUUUGGUGGCGCUGGAUGAACUGGGGUCAUUGCAGGUCACCACGCAGCACCUGCAGAAGCACUGCGAGCUCAUAGCCACUCUGAAAAAGAUCCGCAGGUUCAAGGCCAGCCAGGACGUGAUGGAUAAAGCCACAAUGCUGUACAACAAGUUUAAGACCAUGUUCCUGGUUGGGGAGGGAGAGGCUGUCCUGAGUCAGGUGCUGAACAAAUCCCUGGCAGAGCAGCGGCAGUUUGAAGAGGCCAAGAAGGGGGCGCUGAAAAAGGCAGAGCAGACCAAAGAGCCGAGCGCAGAUAACAGGGUUUUGAAUGGAGACUCCAGCCCUGAGAAGAGCACUGAGGCUGAGACUGAAGGAGAAAGGCCAGGAGAGGACAGUGCAGCCUCGGAGAAGAAUAGUGUGGUGAACCCAGCAGAAGAAUCGGCCUAACGACCGUGCACCUUCUGUCAGUCCUACUGCUUUUCUACUCUUCACUGUGGGAUGGAACCAUAAUUUCUUUGCUCCGGAGUGGGAAGGUCAUCUUAUAUCUACAUCCCCAACAGAGGCCUCUGCGUCUUGAAGCAUCUGAGUUUACGGGAUUUGCCUGUGUUUUAGUCCAGAUGUUUUUAAGUGCCAAUGUGUGAGUUUUAGCUCCGGGAAGUGUUUCCGGAGUCGUUACGUUCCAACACAUUAGCCUUUUUCUAGUGUUUUAUAGAGUGAACAGUACCACUUGUCUGAGAUGUUCUAACUGUCUGCAUAGAAAAGCUCUUGUAGCUGAGGGGAGCAUCCCCAUUUUGACUGACUGUUCAUUUGUGCUUUUUUUUUUUUUUUUUACUGACUGAAUCGUUCCAAAGUAAAUCAUCCGUCUUUUCAAGCUGCUAGAAGGAAGUUGGAGUAGCUACCACAAAAUCUGAAGUGAGCCAGAUUACCUGUGAAUUAGGGCAGCAUUUCUCAACCCAGUCUGUUCAGGUUCGAACACCUGAUUCAAAUCAUCAGUAAAUUAUCAAGCCCUUUGUAGAAGAAACCACUGGCCUGUUAUUGCCUUUUAUCUUCUGUUAGAAGUGCCUAAGUGCUCCUAACAUGCCUAGUUCAGCCCACAAGAGCCUGUAUAGUUAGCUGGUGAUUUGAAUGUGUUAUAACUAAACUGCCCAGUGCAUGUAGAGGUCUAGAACUAAAACAUUGCUUUAGAUGGAGAUUUUCUGUCACUAAUUAACUGGUAUUUGUGGUUUAUGUCCUGAUUACAUGCUUCAAUAUUCUCUUAUGCUGAGGAAUAGUUUUAUUUUAGAAUGUCUAACUGCUGCUUAUACGUCUUCUGUUUCCAGAUAGAUGUUCCAAAGUUUAUUUUGAUACUAAAGUGCUUCCUCUUUUUUGUUACUCCUGUCUACACGUCUGUCUGUUCUAAGCUAUCAGUGUUGUUUGUGUAAAUAAGAGAACUGUAUUUUUGUGCCUGUUUAUAAAACCUUUUCUGGCCUUAAUAAAGUAGUGCUUGCCUCAA